AAAAUUCUUUGCAAUUUUCAGAUCACUCCGUAGAUAUCGUCAACAUAUUUUGGUGUAAAAAUGUUCCAUCUGAGCGCGACGGCUUUUCUGCUCUUGUUUUUCAAUGGAGUUGUGAAUGCAAUUCCCCCGAAACCGAACAUAGUGAUGAUUGUUUCGGAUGACAUGGGUUUCAACGACAUUGGAUUUCACGGUUCAGACCAGAUACCUACACCGAAUAUUGAUGCGCUAGCCGCCUAUGGAAUAAAUUUGAAUCGAUACUAUGUCUCACCGAUGUGCACCCCAUCUCGAGCAUCUUUGAUGACCGGAAAAUACUCAUCCAGCGUUGGAAUGCAAAACUAUGUUAUCGUAUCCGAGCAGCCUUACGGCUUAGGACUGAGCGAGAAAAUAAUGCCAGAAUACCUGAAAGAAGCAGGAUAUAAAACACACAUUGUCGGCAAGUGGCAUCUUGGUUUCUAUAAGAAGGAGUACACUCCAACACUACGAGGAUUUGACUCCCACAUUGGAUACUUGGGACCAUACAUCGACUAUUACAAUCACAGUUUAGAUAGACCGGUACAGAGUGUUGCGAAAAGCACAGAGAAUCUUGAGCUAAUAACCAUUCUUUUACAGAAUCUCCCGGACUUCGAAAGUGGCUAUGAUAUGAGAAAAAACUUAGAUCUGUACCGUGAAAGUCUUGGAACAUAUGCAACCGAUCUGUUUACUCAAGAAUCGAUAAAAAUCAUCCAAAAUCACAGUCGAGAAGAUCCACUAUUCUUGUACAUUCCACACCUAGCUCCACAUUCAGCAAACGGAUACGAUCCGCUGCAAGCUCCGCAAGAGAUAAUCAACAAAUUCGCACAUAUAAAAGAUGAGAAAAGAAGAACGUAUGCAGCCAUGGUUUCAGCUUUGGACGACAGUAUAGGAAAUGUGGUUAAUGCAUUGAAAGAGAACCAAAUGUUGGACAAUUCCGUUAUUUUGUUCUUCUGUGAUAAUGGCGCCACUAUCGAAAUUGAGCACAGCAAUGGAGGCUCCAAUAGUCCAUUAAAAGGGCAAAAACAAUCACCAUGGGAAGGUGCAGUGCGUUCAGCCGGUGUCAUUUGGAGUCCCCUGUUAGAAAAUAGAGAACGAACUUCUACGCAACUGUUCCAUAUUUCGGAUUGGUUGCCGACUUUCGCUUCAUUGGCCGGCGUAACUAUCGACGAAACUGACCGCCUUGAUGGUAAAAAUAUUUGGCCAGCCCUUUCCUACAACCUGAAUAGUCCCCGACAAGAUGCCUUAUGUCAUCUUGAUGACACCGAUGGAUACCAAUCGUACAUCAAUGGCGACUUCAAAUAUGUUAACGGCACUACGUACAAUGGAAUUUAUGAUCAUUGGAUGGACUAUGUCGAUGAAACGGAAAAGCACAGUUCGUUCAACAAUUACGGCGAAUCAAUUAUGAACUCAACCGUUGGCCGGGCGCUUUCCAAUUUUGCGACAAGUAAUCUGAACGCUUUGACCAUUGAAAAACACCGGCAAAGCUCAAUCAUUACAUGUAACAAUGUACCGAUCCCGACUGACAAACAGUACCAAUGUCGUCCGUUGGAGGCACCCUGUUUAUUUAACAUUGUUAACGAUCCGUGUGAACGUAGAAAUAUCGCGCCGUUGCGACCAGUCACUUUGAGGAUGAUGCAGAAUGAAAUAGAUAAAUUGCGGCUGAAAGCUCUGCCGAUUCGAAAUAAGCCAGGUGAUGAACGCAGCAAUCCGGCAUACUUUGAGAAUACGUGGACGUGGUGGUAUGAUGAAUUAGGUAUUCCAGACUAUGAGGAAAGUGACGCAGCGGUAAAGACAACAUAUAGUAACAUUCUAAUCACUGCAAUUUUGAAUGUUUUAUGUGCUGUCGUUCAACAUUUGUAGACUAUUGUUAGGUUAUAUACUGUGAUGUAAGCAUGCUAACUCAACGAUUUAAGAGCAAAGAGUAGAUUCGAUUCAAUAG